AUGUCGCAGCCAGUGGAAGCAAUUGAACGAACGGCAGAGUAUGAAGAUUUCAUGCGACAGCUAAAGGAGUUCCACGAUAGAAAAGGAACAUUUCUUCAAACGGAACCUGUGCUCGGUGGCAAAAAGCUCGAUUUGCUUAAAAUCUAUAAAACAGUCAUUGAAGCAGGCGGUUACGAUAAAGUCACGCAAAAUCGUGGUUGGAAACAAGUCGGCGAUCCCUUCAACUUUCCUCCGACAUGUACAAAUAGUGCCUAUGUCCUGAAAAGUAUAUAUACUCGAUCACUGCUGGGCUGGGAAGAGGAACAUUACUGGAAACGGCCCUGGAAUCCACCGAGUGAUCUUGUGGAACAAAAAACACACAACAAAGUAGCAUCCUCCUCUCCAUUAAAUAUCGCCGUCAAACAACGCGACACCGCCAGACAGACAGCCACAGCUUUCAUACAACCUUCCUACAACACCAACGUACCGAAUAUGAGGAUACAACAGUUGCCACCUCAACCACCCAUUUUUCAGCCUCCCAUGCCCGCUAUGAUGAAUCCGUAUGUCCCAGCGGUUUUCAUGGAUGAGGAAUUCCGUACACGGAUUUUAUUAGCACUGAAAUCCUGCUUACCGAAUGAGAUCGAUUGGGCUUUCAACACACUCGUGAAAUUCUCUUAUGCAUCUGAAAAUUUCAGUCUCGAUUUCAUGCCGGUGUUGGUGGAUCUUUUGCUGGGGUUCACCGAUCCCUUUUUCGAAAAACAUAUAGAACCAGCAGUAGCCAAUCCCAAGUCACCGGGAGAGAUUGAUCCCGUCAUUUUCAGCAGCAAAAAAGAUCAAGAAAUGCUCGAACGCGUAUUACAGGUCUUCCACAUUUUACGCAACUUCUCCUUUCUCGAAAUCAAUAUCCGCCGAUUAGCACACCACGAAAAACUGCGACAUUUGCUGAUGCUGGGAAUCGCAUUGCCGCCCUCUUCACCUUACGUGGAAUUAACCCGUCACUGCUUGGAUAUUCUGGAAAACAUUGCCCCGCAAGUCACUGUGUCCAGUCCAAACGACUCUUAUUUAACCGUGAUGACCUAUCUACUGUUUACGAAUGAUCGCGCGCUGAUCCUCGGCUCCAUACGCUCUCUCACUCGUGUGGCGGUGACCGAAUUCAACGAACGUGUGCUUGGGAUCGCCAACUCGGCCAUCAUCGGUCGUAUGGCCCAAUUUCUGCUGUUGGAUGAUGAGGAACUCGCCGCAGCCACGUUAGAAUACCUCUAUCAGUAUUCGGGGCUGCGUGGAAAUUUUGCCGCACAGCUGGUGAAAGAAUACCCUGGCAAUCUGAUCGGUUUGUUAACAGGAUAUCUGUCCUAUAAAUCAACACUGUUACCUCCUUCAGGGUCAUUGACCGGCACCAUUCAUGGGAUUCCUGCCGUACAGGCGAACCAUGUGCCUGUGCCGUCCAAACCGCAAGCGCCGACGAUUCCGGAUUUGACCAACUAUGCUCACUUGGACGAACCUUAUCGAUGUCUGGGAUGGCUCAGGGAAAAAUUCGUGAGCGGCAGUGCAGACGAUACAUUUGUUCUCAAAGAUAUUUACGGUCUCUAUCGCGACUUAUUCGGGGCCGAGAAACCAUUGGGAGUCAAGGAAUUUUACACCGUACUUAAAAUUGCGCAUCCCCAACCUGCAUCGACGGAAGCCAACAUGGCCAACGGCUCGGUAGCUUUACAAGACGUAACAUUACACAACAUGAAAAAUGCACCGACCAAACCGCCGGAAGUGGUCCGGUGCAGGUGGCGAGAUUGUGGUGAAACAUUUGAAUCCGAGGCGGAUCUGCAUCAACAUAUCGUGUCUCGUCAUGUGCGUCCGAAUGAGGCGGAGGAAUACGAAUGUCACUGGAUCAACUGUAAAAAGAGACGAUUACCCAACCGAGCGGCACUCAUGGCGCAUUUACGCAUUCAUUUCGCACCGAAAGCAACAGCUCAUAGUAAAAAGCCGCAUUAUCCCGACGCUUUGCAUAUGCCAAUAGAUGACAGCGAGGUUUCGGGCGUGCCGUUGACCGCUGCAUUAUUAUUACGGAACCUCGUCCGGCACAAGCAGCAUCAUAUCCAUUACUUACCCUACGAAAAUGAACUAAUGCUUCUAGCCAUUCAACGACCCAAACUGUCCAAGUAUAUUCUCACUGUUUUGGCCGAACUUCAAGUCACCCCCGCGUAG